AAGUGAGCGAGCUCGAGCCUGCUCGAACGGUCUCCACCCACGCCGCGUCUUCUCCCUUCCCGCCUCGUGCGCGUGAGAGGGCCGGUCGUAGGGUGGUGCUUCUUGCGCGUGCGCGGCCCCUGCUUUACUUGCUUGCUCGCUCGCCCGCCCGAGGGAAUUGAGCGGCGCGGAGGGAAGGAAAGGGGAGGGGGGAAGGAAAAGGGGGAGUGGGCCGCUCGCUCUCUGUGGCGCUGCUGUGAGCAGGAGCCGGAGCGUGAGGGGAGAGCGGGCCAGCGCUGGGGAGGCCGGCUGAAGCGAUGAGCGCUCGGUUCCCCUCCAGGACCAGCCAGGAGGAACAGCAGCAGCAGCAGCCGCGGCGGCGGCUGUCGUCGCCUCCCUUCCCCGCGUGAAUGAACUGAGGCGAGGCCGUCCUCGCCGGCUCGGCCCGGCCCGGUCUGGCCCAGGCGUCCGCGCCGCGCUUGGGAACGCGCAGCUGCAGCCGCCGCAGCCCUCUUUCUCCCUUCCUGGCCGCCGGGGCAGCAGCAGCGGGAACCGAAAGGACAAGACAUCAUGGGAGCAUUUUUAGAUAAGCCAAAGAUGGAGAAGCACAAUGCCCAAGGCCAGGGCAAUGGACUACGUUAUGGGCUAAGUAGUAUGCAAGGUUGGCGAGUUGAGAUGGAGGAUGCACAUACAGCUGUCAUUGGCUUACCAAAUGGACUGGAUGGAUGGUCUUUUUUUGCUGUGUAUGAUGGGCAUGCCGGAUCCCAAGUUGCCAAAUAUUGCUGUGAGCAUUUAUUAGAUCACAUCACAAGCAAUCAUGAUUUUAAAGGGCGUGGUGCUUCACCAUCUGUGGAAAGUGUAAAGACUGGAAUCAGAACAGGUUUUCUGCAAAUUGAUGAACAAAUGAGGAUACUCUCUGAGAAGAAACAUGGUGCAGACAGAAGCGGGUCAACAGCUGUGGGAGUCCUGAUUUCUCCCCAGUACACUUAUUUUAUCAACUGUGGAGACUCUAGGGGUUUACUUUGUAGAAACAGGAAGGUUUAUUUCUUUACACAAGAUCACAAACCAAAUAAUCCACUGGAGAAGGAGCGUAUACAGAAUGCAGGAGGUUCAGUUAUGAUUCAGCGUGUGAAUGGAUCACUUGCUGUGUCUAGAGCACUUGGCGACUUUGAUUACAAAUGUGUCCAUGGGAAAGGCCCUACAGAGCAGCUUGUUUCUCCUGAGCCUGAAGUCUAUGAAAUUGAGAGAUCAGAAGAUGACGAUCAGUUUAUCAUACUGGCUUGUGAUGGUAUCUGGGAUGUUAUGGGAAAUGAAGAGCUGUGUGAAUUUGUAAGAUCAAGACUUGAAGUCACUGAUGACCUUGAGAGAGUAUGCAAUGAGAUAGUCGACACCUGCUUGUAUAAGGGAAGCCGAGACAACAUGAGUGUGAUAUUGAUCUGUUUUCCAAAUGCACCAAAGGUAUUGCCAGAGGCAGUGAAGAGAGAGGCAGAGCUGGACAAGUUCCUGGAAAGCAGAGUAGAAGAGAUCAUAAAGAAGCAGGGAGAAGGAGUGCCAGACUUAGUCCACGUCAUGCGUACGUUGCAAACGGAGAGCAUCCCAAACCUUCCUCCAGGGGGUGAAUUGGCGAGCAAACGGAGUGUGAUUGAAGCAGUUUAUAACAGACUGAAUCCUUAUAGAAAUGAUGAUGCUGAUUCUGCAUCAACCGAUGAUAUGUGGUAAAGCUGCCAUCUAAAGUGUGGAGUUUACAUCCAUCCUCUCCAUGGAAAAUACAGCCAACCCACAGUGAACCCUUCUUAACAUCCAUCCUCUACCUUACUGAAAAGAAGGGGAAAGGUGUGUUGGUGGAAGUGAUGACACCGGGAAACAGCAGUCCAACACUUAGCCCAGGAACUCAUGGUCUGUUUUGCAAAUGGACUUCUGUAAACGUGAUAUUGAAACCAUCAUGUUGUAAAUUGGACUCUAAGCAAUUUAUGUUGUAUUAUUUCGUUUUGUAAAGUGCAAUUGUGGUUGUACAAAAUGCUUAUUUAAUAAUGAACUGCUUUACAUCACUUAAGGUUAGAUUGAAAUCCUUGGUGGUUUGCUCAGUGCAACAAAUAUCUAGCCCUUUCCAUUCAUAUUUGUGGUUCUUGCUUGCUGGGAGCAGCAACCUAGCCAGCUUAAGUGCUCAGGAGGUGCAUAGAAACUGUGUAAAGCAGGGGUUCUCAAACCUGGGGCCCCAGAUGUUGUUAGACUUCAGUUCCCAUAAUCCUGAGCCACAGCGGCCUUUGGUCAUUGUGGCUGGGAAUUAUGGGAGUUAGAAGUCCAGCAACAUCUUGGGACCCAAGUUUGAGAUCUCCUGGUGUAAAGGAUAUUUUAUAUAAAGUUGAACCUCAAAGGCUGAUCAUUGCAAGUUCUGGAUGGAAAAUAAGUGGUACACAGUUCAUUCUCCACCAGACUUAAACUGUAUCAUUUUUGAAAAAAAUCCUGUGGGGCCUAAAACUCCCUUUGUAAUCUGUGGGGAGUUCAGCAAAAAUAGGAAUAAGUUUGGCAGCCUUGUAAAAUAGCUAUAAAAACUACAGAUCAUGAGGGUUAAAAUGCCUUGAGUAUUUGCAAAUUUUUUAAAAAGAGGAAAUAUUUUAUCUUCAGUUAAUCGUCAGUUAUGUAAGAGGCUACAUCUUUCUAUAUUUAGUGUGGGUCUGCACCAUUUUUGCUAUCCUGACUGGCUGGGUUGGCUGCUGUUCCAAGUAAAAUACUUUGAAUUCCAUUUUAUCAAUAAAGCUUGAUUUAACAAACAAGAAAUUUAACAGUGUAUGUGUAACCCCCCCCCCUUUUUUUGGUUUGUUUUCUGAAAUACUUGUAAAUGAGAUGUCAUAUGUGGAUACAUAUUUUUAAUUAACUAAUUGCCCAUUUAUGAAAUGGAAAGAACUCUUGACUGUUGCCCAAGGCACAGGUGGACUUUUUCCCAGUUAGUGGGCUUAAUAUAGUUUGAAAAAUUGAAUAAUCUUUUUACAUGGGUUUCUUUCAGGAUUUUUGCUUUGAGAGAACCACGUGAGCUUAUACUUGCCUCUUGUUAAUGAAAACUAAUUUGUCAGAGCCUGACAAUCUUACCUUUUAUGGUAUGUUUUGUAUGACCCGUUGACUUAGAACAAAAAAACCCCUAGUGAUUUAACAGUAUGUGUGAUUUAAAAAACAGCAUGUUCAGAAUAUUUAACUGUUGAGAUAAUUCUAAUUUUUAAAAAAUAUAAAAUAAUACAACUAAUUUGACUUGACUUUUCUCCUACCAAACAUACACAAAUAACUUUUCAAAUCAGUUGUGUUUGCAGAGCUACUGUUUUGUGCACCUUGUAUUUUGUCUUUUUAAAGUUGAAAAUAUUGUAUGAUUACUAUGUAGCUUUCUUUAAUCUUUCAGUCAACAGGUGCCCCAAAGGAAAAUCAAGAAAAUAUAUAAAUAGGUUAUAGCGAUGUAGCUAGAACAAUUUUUAAAAAGGUGUAAAAUAUACCUUUUUAUAGGAAGCAAUGUACAAUGCGUUUUUCUAUAUCUGUCUUUCCCCCUAACUUUGAAAUAUACAGUUGUGUGUAUAUAUAGCCUUAAAACUAUUGCAGAGUUAGGGAGUGUUGAACAGUGAAAAAGUAACUUAAUCGUGUCUCAAUUAAGGGUAGCAUUAUACCAGCAAACAUUUUAUCCCUCUUGUUUGUGUGAGAUGCUUAACCUUAAAAUCAUUGUAUUCAGUUUGUACCCUGUUCAAGCAUGAAUGAAGAAAGCAUAAGCACUAUUUGUAUUUAUAAAUUUAUAGCAAUUUUGGGUUAAAGAACCAAUUCCUCACCCUAUCUACAAAUAAAUGCUUAAAAUGUACAAUUUUGUUGAGUUCGAACUAUAACCAUGUCAAAUGUAUAGCUUCACAAGCACCUAAUUAAGAGAGAUGUAUUUGAAGUACUACAUGGUAAGCUAGUUAAGAAGGCCUGAACUGGCUUUAGGAUUGGAAAAAGAAUUCUGCUCCUUUUUCCAUGUAAACUGAGGUAUAGUUCUAAAAAUGGCAAAACCUCAGACUGGACUGUGGUAACAAAGGUUUAAAAUGUUUUUAAAAAUCACAAGUUGAAAGCCAUAUGUUAAGCAACAAUAAUUUAGAAUGUCAUAAUGACAUAGCACAUGUUCCAAACUUACUACAGGUGCACCCUUCUAAAAAAAGAACCUUUUUUCUACUGUUGCUACUAGUGCUGUAAAAAGGGUUGGGGAUAAGAGGCACAGCAGUUGUAGAUUGCCUUCCCUUAGGUUUGGCACUUUAAAGUGGUCAAAGCACUGUGUCAGUUAUGCCUGCUUAAUUCACUGCUCUUUUAUGUAUACCAAAAUGAGAUUAAAUUCAUAUAUUCAGCGCAUCACAUAUUCUGUCAAAGGACUCACUCUUGUUCAUUAGUCUGCAAAAAGAAAAAAAAGGCACUUUUCAUUUUUGCAACUUUUUUUAAUGCUAAAAAUGUUGGAACACCUCAGGGGCAAUGCAGCAAAGUUUUGAAGAAUUGUGUGCUAUUUAUUUCCCUAACUGGAGAGGGAGGAGUGGAUUCCUGUGUGCUGACAAAAUAAAGUAAUAUGAUGGUCCCAAA